UACACCUUUGGAGAUACACGUACAAAAUCCUACACUAUUACUGCGGCAAUUUUCGCAGCGACGACACUGCCAAUCCACCAUUCGCAUGGCUCUCGCAAACACCGCCUUCUUCGUCUCUUCCUCUGGCCUCCGUCGAUCUAGGAUAUCUGAUCUCGAUUUCGCUCCACAACUCUCUCCCUACGAGUCACUCACCUUUUUCCCAGUUCGCUACAGGAGCACUCAACCUGGACUUGCUUUCUCGAGAAAGAAGAACAUUUUGCAUGCAUCUACCGAUGGUUUGAAUGCAAUUGAUUCAACCUCAUUGCAAAUGCAGAAGUCUGAUCAAGAUGCUGAUUAUAUCCCUAUGCCAAUAGUUCUGAUAGAUCAAGAUUCAGAUUCUGAUGCAACAAUUGUACAGCUCAGCUUUGGAGAUCGCCUAGGAGCUCUCAUUGACACGAUGAAUGCAUUGAAAGAUUUGGGACUAGAUGUGUCGAAGGGAACUGUUUCCACUGAGGGAUCAGUCAAACAAACAAAUUUUUUCAUCACACUAUUAGACACAGGCCGCAAAGUCGAAGAUCCUGAUAUGUUAGAGAGAAUCCGACUGACCAUCAUUAACAAUCUUUUGAAGUAUCAUCCAGAAUCUAGCGUGCAACUUGCAAUGGGUGAGGCUUUUGGAAUAAAAGCUCCAGAGAAGAAGCUUGAUGUUGAUAUUGCAACUCAUAUACGAGUGAAGGAAGAUGAACCCAAGAGGAGCUUACUCUGUAUAGAAACAGCAGAUAGACCGGGAUUACUGGUAGAAAUCAUCAAAAUUAUUGCUGAUAUUAACAUUGAGGUGGAGUCAGCAGAAAUUGAUACAGAAGGACUGGUAGCCAAAGAUAAGUUUCAUGUCAGCUACAGAGGGGCAGCGUUAAACAGUUCCUUGUCUCAGGUGUUGGUGAAUUGUCUACGUUAUUAUCUCCGAAGGCCAGAAACAGAUAUAGAUAGCUAUUAAUACCUGGAAGCACCAGUGUAUGGCUGCAAAUGGUUCUUGUAUCAAAUCAUGCAUGAGCUAUAAAAGUCCCCUGCUCAAGAAUCUGGGCUAUGGAUCUUUAAUCGCAUUUUGGGAGGCUUUUGUAUAGUUACCAUGAAAAGGAUUCUUAGCAUUAAAACUAGAUAAAUAAUUCGUGGGUUUGGAUACACAAAAUA